AUGGAGAAGAAAGAUAUCUACGUGUCGGGAGCCGACCCAAACCUCGAAUCAGGGGUGGUGGCUCCUGUUACCGACCGGGCCGCAGAGAAAUCCUACGUCCGCAAACUCGAUUUCUACCUGUUGCCUUUCUUGUCGUUGAUAUCUAACCUGGGCAAUGCAAAGACCGACGGCCUCGACAAGGACUUGCACUUCACUGGCAAUGACUACUCUUUGCUAAUCUUACUGUUCUAUGUCCCGUUCGGACUUUGCGAUUUACCCCUUAAUCUUCUUACCAAACGCUUCUCUGGCAAGGUUAUGCUUCCCACGCUCAUGUUCGGCUGGGGAGCUUUGGCCUUGAUCCAAUGUGCCGCGAAGGAUUUCGGAGGCUUACUGGCCAUUCGAUUGAUCCUUGGAAUAUUCGAGGCAGGGUUCUUCGCUGGCGUUGUGUUCUACAUGACACUAUUCUACACCAGAGGAGAACUCGGUUUCAGAAUUGCAAUUUUCUUCGGCAGCGCUUUGCUGGCUGCAGCUUUCAGCGGCUUGAUCUCAUACGGCGUUUUUCAGAUCAACCACGUCUCGGUCAAAGGAUGGAUGUGGCUGUUCAUCAUCGAGGGCGGGAUGACCGUCGUCACGGCCUUCAUCGCUUUCUUCUGGCUUCCAGGUCGUCCGGACACGGCCUGGUUUCUCAACGAUGCCGAGAAAGCCGCUGCCACAGCUCGACAUCUGCGUGAUGCUUCCAAGGUGGUCAACUCGGAAUUCGACCUGAAGGCCUGCUUUGCGACCUGGAAGAAUCCGAAAUUCGCGCUUUGGGUCGUCAUUGCGUUUACAUAUCCUGUUGCGUUUUCAACCACCUCAAAUUUCCUGCCCCAAAUCGUGGAAAGACUGGGAUACUCCGUGGUCAAGACUAACUUGUGGACGGUUGCGCCUAACAGUGUUGGCUUCGUGGUCCUGCUCUGCGUCACCAAAUCCUCGGACUAUUUCAGAGAGCGGACGUUCCACAUCAUCUUCUCGCUCUGUCUGUCGCUGAUUGGCAUGAUAAUCCUCGCUGCGAUUGAUGUUCUUGAGAACAAGGGCGCCGCAUACUUUGCGUGCUUCCUGAUGGCGGCUGGGGCGUACAUCCCUAGCUGUCUUGUCCACUCCUGGCACAAUAACAACAAUCUGGAAGAGAACUCUCGUGCGGCUACAACUGGCUUGCUGGUCGGCUUGGGAAACCUUGGAGGCAUUAUUUCUGCUGCGACAUUCAGAGUCCAAUAUGCACCAGGAUAUAUUCCGACGCUGAUCGCCACGAGCUGCUGUAAUGUUACCUGCAUCGUCUUCACGCUUGCACUAGGCUUGUACAUGAAGCGUGAGAAUGCUAGGCGGAACAAGGAGCAAGGCGUGGUCAUCAAGGCGGAAGAUGUUGAGACCGACUCCCUUCAAGAAGGGGAGAGGUCGCCUAAUUGGCGAUAUUUCACCUGA